AACACUUGUAAACACCCUAGUACUGAGUCAUGGCAAGCAGAUCAACAUGCCUUUAGCAGCUGAACUUGGAGCACCGUUUAGGAGGAGAGACCUGCCGAAAUGAUAGUAAGACUGCUGAAAGACUGUACUGAGAGCUCUCCGGAAUUGUAAACGGAUAAAUCCUUCCAUGCGACUCUCUGGCUAUGACCGUGCAGUGCUGGGUUCUUCUGCCUUUUCUGUUGUUUGUUGUCUCUGUUGGUGGUAUUUGGACAGUGUAUGCAAUAGCAGUGGCAAACAAUCAUGUGUGCUCUCUUAACAGUUGGGCUUAUAACAACUCUUGUACAACAAACACUUCUACGUUAUGUUGUACAAUGAUGAACAUACCAUAUGUAAGCACCUGUGGUAUAAAUUUUCCAGAAAGUGCUGUUUUCAUGGCAACAUUAAACAUUGGCUCUGCAAUAUACCUUGUAGUGUGUAUUUUUCGACAUGCACAUGUGUUGGACACUAAACCAAGUGAAAGUAUGCUGAGUACCAUCGGACUGGUAUUUGGUUGCAUGUCCAGUGCUGGAGGAUUUCUUGUCGGCAACUGUAAUCCUAGAACCUUAAUGAUAAUACAUUACUUGGGUGCCGCCCUAUCAUUCGCAUUUGGCCUUAUUUACAUCAUCAUUCAGACAUUACUGACAUACCGUGUCUCUGUAACGGGAUAUGAAGUGUACCUGGCUCCUUUAAGGGUGAUACUGACAGCCGUGCAAAUAAUGGCUUCCUUGUGUUAUACAAUCCUUUUUGCACAGAUUGGCCUCCAUCUGCAACAGCUGUCUGCAGUAUUUGAAUGGCUCCAAUGUACAAAUAUGCAUGUGUUUCUAGUAACACUGAUUUUUGACUUUCACUGUUUCCGCAGUUCAAUGUUACAGUCUCUGACAGGCAAGCGUGAUGAAGAGAAAGCUUUAAUUAUUUCCAAAGACACAGCAUCAGAAAUGUAUAGCAAAUAAAGCAUCUUGUAACUUAGUCCUGUCUUUCAUUAUUGUUUCUAAAAUGAAUAAAUAGUUACAAUGUG